AUGCCAUCCAGAGUAGCCACAGCCGGCAACGGCGAGCGGCAAGCUGCCGACGGUCCCUUUGAGCAGAUUGCCGCCCUGUUUCCGCUCACGGUCCCCUUCCCUGACCCGUCGGCCAAUCUCGACAUCGUGCCCGCGUCCGACAUUGCCCUCGAGCAGGAGCUGCUGCGCAAUCCCGACAACCUUCGCUCCUGGGCCUCCUACAUCAACCACAUCGUCGACACAAACGUGCAGAAGCGCGCAACUCCCGACUCCAACCUCUCCUCGGCACAGAUCGCCCUGCUAGGCCCGCUCGCCAGCGCCUCCCAGCGCCUCGCCCUGCAGCGCAUCACCAGCAUCUACGAGCGUGCACUCGCCCAGUUCCCCACCCGCUACUCGCUCUGGACCGACUACCUCCAGCUCCGCUCCCGCUUCGUCCUCGGAGAGCCAAAGGGCGGCUUUGAGGCAAAGCGGAAGCGCGACCUACGGGCAUCAAAGGAGGGCGUCGACUUUGGUCCCACCCUGCUCGAAGCGAACGAACACCAGGACUAUGGCCCCGCCUACACCGCCGGCCUCGACGGCAUCGCGGGCUGGAUCGAGUGGCGCAGCCUCGCAGCAUGCUACGAGCGCGCCCUCAUGUGGCUGCCAAAGAUGCCCAGGGUCUGGCUCGAGUACCUCUCCAUCUUCCUCCACCCGCAGUGUCCUCCCAUCCUCUCCCACACCCACGCCCGCAGGACAUUCGACCGGGCGCUGCGCACGCUCCCGGGAUCGCUCCACCUGCGCAUCUGGAAGGUCUACCUGCGAUGGGCCGAGCGCGUCGGCGGCGAAACCUGCCUCCGCGUCUGGAGGCGGUACCUGCGCGUCGAUCCCAGCCUGAUCGAACGAUACGUAGCCAUUCUCCUCGCCCAGACCGAAGACGAGGCAGCCGAGGCCGAGGACGCCGACGACGACGACGGCGAGGCAGGUCAAGGAGCCACGACAAAGGGUCCAGGCGCCAAGGCGCUCGAAGCGGCCAAGCUGCUGCUCCGGCUGGCGAGGAGCGCAGCCGACGGCAGCUACACGAGCCCAGACGGCAAGAGCCCAUACCAACUGCUCGUGGAAUGGCUCGAGCUGACCGAAAAGUACCCGGAAGAGAUCGGCAUCAGCCCCGAGGAGGAGAAGGAGGCCGAAGCGGCAAGAGCGUCCAGCUCGUCGGCGACAGCCUCCGACAGCCAGCUCGCGCUCACCAAGCCAGGUCAGGCCGCAAAAGGCCGAGCAUCCAGGGGCGCUGCUCGACCAGCGCCGGCACCGCUCUCGCCCGAGACGAAUCCGAUGGACCGGAGCCGUCUCAACGUGGGCGCCAUCGUCCGCAACGACGGGCUCGCCAAGUACCCCGACCAGGCAGGCCGCCUCUGGACCGGGCUCGCCACCUACUGGAUCAAGCGCGGCGAGCUCGAGACGGCCAAGGAGACUUUCGAGGAGGGCAUCCGCUCCGUCGUCACGGUGCGCGACUUUACCCAGAUCUUUGAUGCCUACGCCGAGACGAGCGAGAACGUCAUCUCGUUUAUGAUGGAGGACCUUGCCGGCGACGCGGGGCAGGACGACGACGAAGGCGACGACGACGAGGGCGAGGGCGAGAGCCGCGAGGACAAGGAGGCCGAGCUCGACCAGAGGAUGAAGGAUUUCGAGGAGCUCAUGGAGCGCCGGCCGUUUCUGGUCAACGACGUGCUGCUGCGCAGGAACCCGGACGACGUGCAGGAGUGGGAGAAGCGCGUGGCGCUGCACGGCGACGACGACGAGCAGGUCAUCGAGACCUACCGCCGUGCCAUCGACACCGUCAACCCGCGCAAGGCGACGGCCAACUACCACCAGCUCUUUCUCAACUUUGCGCGCUUCUACGAGGAGGGCGGCUCGGCGGGGCGCGCGGACCCGGCGUCGGUCGAGGCCGACCUGGCCUCGGCGCGCAAGAUCUUUGAGCGCGCCAUUACGGUGCCCUUUAAAAAGGUCGACGACCUGGCCGAGGUGUGGUGCGAGUGGGCCGAGAUGGAGGUGCGCCACUCGAACUACGACGAGGCGAUCCGGGUCAUGGCGCGCAGCGUAGCGACGCCGCGCAACACGAAAAACGUCGCCUACCACGACGACUCGCUGCCGCCGCAGGUGCGCCUGUUCAAGUCGCUCAAGCUGUGGAGCUUCUACGUCGACCUCGAGGAGUCGCUCGGCGACGUCGAGAGCGCCAAGCGCGUCUACGACCGCAUGCUCGAGCUCAAGAUCGCCAACGCCCAGAUCAUCAUCAACUACGCGGCCUUCCUCGAGGACCACCAGUACUACGAGGAGAGCUUCAAGGUCUACGAACGCGGCGUUGAAGUGUUCACCUACCCGGUCGCCUUUGAGCUGUGGAACGUCUACCUGAGCAAGUUUGUCAAGCGGUACGGCGGCAGCAAGCUCGAGCGGGCGCGCGACCUCUUUGAGCAGGCGCUCGACAAGUGCCCGCCCAAGUAUUGCAAGCCCAUCCUGCUCAUGUACGGCAAGCUCGAGGAGGAGCACGGCCUGGCCAAGCGCGCCAUGAACAUCUACGACCGCGCCACCCGCAUGGUCUCGACCGACGACCGCUUCGACAUGUACGCCUUCUACAUUGCCAAGGCGGCCGCCAACUUUGGCCUGGCGGCGACGCGGCCCAUCUACGAGCGGGCGAUCGAGUCGCUGCCGGACCGGCAGACGGCCGACAUGUGUCUGCGCUUUGCCAACCUCGAGCGCAAGCUGGGCGAGAUCGACCGGGCGCGCGCCAUCUACGCGCAUGCCUCGCAGUUCUGCGACCCGAGGACGCAAACCGAGUUCUGGAAGGAGUGGAACAAGUUCGAGAUCGAGACGGGAUCCGAGGACACGUUCCGAGAGAUGCUGCGGAUCAAGCGAUCGGUGCAGGCGCAGUUCAACACGGACGUGUCGUACAUCGCCGCAUCCGCCAUGUCUGCGGCGCAGCGCAACAAGCUGGGCGCCGCCUCAGCCGACGGCGCAGCAGCAGCCUCGCCGAUGGCCGCCGACCCGAUGGCGCGCCUGGAGGCGCAGAACCAGGCGGCCGCGGCCAACGGCACCGCCGUGCGGCAACCGGCAUUCGUGGCCGCCUCGUCGGUGUCUGCGCCCAAGACGGUCGAUGGAGAGCAGCAGCAGCAGCAAGCGUCUCCCCCUGCCCCAGAGAGGAACGAGGAAAAGGUCGGCGGCGACGAUGCCGACGACGACGAUCUGCUGUAG